CCAUUUGGUUCCAUCAUUUCUCACCAGAGGGGUGGGUAUUUAUGUCAUUUAGCAUAUAACGUGGCAGGAAAUGUCCGUACAAUUUCAGUUAAUUAAAACAUUCGGAUAACGGCUCCUCCUAGUGUGAAGAAAACAAAUCCAUUAUCCAGAGCCAAUCAAAUUCAUCUUAUUUUCUGAAAUUUCAUUUCCAUGGACUGUGCCGGCCGGUUUCCUCGUCUUCUUUUCCCUCAGUACUUCACAAAUUCAAGCAUACAUAGAUGUCCUGUGAUUCUCCAAACUGUAGUAAUAAGGAAAAGAUGGUCUAAUUCCGGUGCUGUUGGGUUUUCUGGAACCGGAGCUGGGAACUUGUCUGAGGACAGACCUUUGAAGGGAAAUGAAAAUGGGUCUUUAUUUGGAACACUGGAUGCUGAAAUCACUCCUGAAACCACUGAUUUCUUUGUUAGUGAUGCAGAGGGUGAUCCUGACUGCCCUUCUGAAGGGUACUCUUCUGUGGAACAGGCCCUCAAUACCCUACGCAAUGGGAAGUUUGUAAUUGUUGUAGAUGAUGAAAAUGGGAAUGUUGAAGGAAACCUGAUCAUGGCAGCAUCUAUGGCUGGUCCUCGGGAUAUAGCUUUCAUGAUUAAGCAUGGUUCCGGUAUUGUUUCUGUGGGGAUGAAAGAGGAGGAUCUUGAAAGACUCAAACUUCCUCUAAUGUCACCUGAGACAGAAGACGAAGAUUCUUCUGCCCCAACCUUCACUGUGACUGUGGAUGCGAAAAUCGGCACAACUACAGGGGUGUCUGCUUCAGACAGGGCAAGGACUGUUCUUGCUCUUUCAUCUCCACAGUCUAAGCCAGGGAACUUCAGAAGGCCAGGUCAUGUGUUUCCUUUGAAGUACCGGAAUGGUGGGGUUUUAAGGAGAGCCGGUCACACUGAGGCUUCUGUAGAUUUAAUGUUGCAAGCAGGUUUGCGGCCUGUUUCUGUUCUUUCUGCCAUUGUCAAUCCAGAGGAUGGUUCUAUUGCAUCUUUGGCAAUUCUAAGAAAGUUGGCUUUGGAGUAUAGCUUACCAGUUGUCUCAAUUACUGACCUGAUCAGAUACCGGAGAAAGAGAGAGAAAUUGGUUGAAAGAACUGCAAUCACACGUCUGCCUACCAAAUGGGGCCUGUUUCAGGCUUAUUGCUACAGGUCAAAGCUAGAUGGAACAGAACAUGUAGCUGUUGUGAAGGGAGACAUUGGGAAUGGACAGGAUGUUCUUGUACGGGUUCAUUCAGAAUGUCUAACAGGGGAUAUCUUCGGAUCUGCACGGUGUGAUUGUGGCAACCAAUUGGAUUUAGCAAUGCAACUGAUCGAGCAAGCUGGUCGAGGAGUUGUUGUCUAUCUCCGAGGUCAUGAAGGAAGAGGAAUUGGCCUUGGUCACAAACUCCGCGCUUACAAUCUGCAAGACCAAGGCCAUGACACGGUUCAAGCCAACAUAGAACUUGGUCUAGCUGUUGAUACACGUGAAUACGGUAUUGGUGCUCAGAUUCUGAGGGAUGUUGGGGUUCGAACAAUGCGGUUAAUGACGAACAAUCCGGCCAAGUUCAUUGGUCUGAGGGGCUAUGGAUUAGCUGUUAUUGGGAGAGUGCCUGUGUUGACACCCAUUACAGAGGAAAACAAGAGGUACUUGGAAACUAAACGGACGAAAAUGGGUCAUGUCUAUGGUUCUGAUAUACGAGGACCCUUGAAUGGAUUCACGGACCCAACUGUAGAAAACAAAGAAUCAGAAGGAGAAGAGUGAAAAAGACGGCUCAUUUUCUAUCCUAUAAAGCUUACAGAUUCAGAAAAGCAAUUUAUUUUCAGACGCAAGAUACAGAUAGCAACUUCUUGUUUUUUUCUUGGCCAACUAUAGCAACUUCUUG